UGAUGAUGAUGAUGAUGAUGAUGAUGAUGAUGAUGAUGAUGAUGAUGAUGAUGAUGAUGAUGAUGAUGAUGAUGAUGAUGAUGAUGAUGAUGAUGAUGAUGAUGAUGAUGAUGAUAUAAGUGAUGUAAGUGAAGGAAGAUGUUAGUGGUUGCCUAGCACAGGUUUUCUUGAAUGCGCAUGUGGCCUAAUAAACCCAUGCGGUGGGUGAAUGUGCGAGUGCAGUGAGAGAAGUUGAGGCGAACGCCUCUGGUGUACCUUGGUGCUCCAGGCACUGGUUCAUUGGUCUCUGUGUGAUGGGGUCGAGAGUGGCCGACCAGACCGAUGAGUGAGGUGAAUGCGCGGAGACAGCGUGAACACAUUAGAAAGAAGCCGCUGUCAGUCAUGCCAAGGGUAGAGUUAGCUAUUACGUUUGCAACCUCCCAGGUCAGAACUGAUAGGUUGGGGCGCGUCACAGUAACUAUAAUGAGGAAUGCUCUGGUUAGUGACAAAGACGAAUUUCCUGGUGUCGACGUUACUUUCUCUAGUCCCUCUCAUAUGCUCGACUGUCUGAGCCUGUCAACCAGUGGAUGAUGCGGCCGGACACCGUGGCCGACGCGACUUGGGGGCUUCCACCCAAGACGUGCUCCAAUACAAAUGUACUCGCUUGGACUCAGCGCAUCCUGACUCAGCGCCUGACUCCUCAUUUGGUUCAGCGUUUAUGUGGGCCCACAGGCAGCAUGAACACUGGAAAUUCCUACUAGGGCCAAUUCGGCAGUAGUUCCCGCAGUUCCCAACGCUGCCGCGAGGGAAGGCGCGUCUGGAGGUGGACCACACAGAAGGUGGGCUAACUCGUGAAAUGUCAAUCGAAAUUCCGAAAUGUGUCUUCAUUUCGGAAAGAUUAAUUAAGUAGGGUUGUAAAACUAAUUAUCAUCCAGCGUAAUUCCAUGAUAAUUAAGUUAUCUCUGGAUGCAGGCUAUUGAACGAACUUCUUUCCGGCUGCAUGCAAAGACUAUACCCUGUAAAAAAGUGACUACAUUAGUAGCAUGCAUUUUCUAAUCGAUUUUCGAUAACUUAAAAUACUCAAUUCUAUUUCAUAGAAAACAUGCUUAAAAAUAUUCAUUCUUUUACUUACUUGGCAGAAAUUUCCGUCUUUUUUUAAUUUUGUACUUGAGGGAAGGGUAGUAUUUGGUCUUCGACAAGUUUCUAACUAUAAGAUUUUUAUAACCGUUAAAUGCCCUUUCAAAAAACGUUGUGUAUCACAAUUUAGUAAUGUAGCUUUUUAAAUUUACAAUAUGGCCUAAAUCCACUGCCAAAUUUUAAAAAACUCACAUAGUCUCCUCUUAGUGCCAUAGAGAAAUAUAUGGUUUACCGUAUGUGGAAACUAUACGGCUUGUAAUUUGGAGGACCUUAAUACAAGUGUAACGGCAGACGGGUUCGAAAUUAUUCGGGAAUCAUACAAGCUUUCAAAAACCAAGUCAUAACCUUUUUCCAAGUAUAAAAUUUAAAGAAGACGUAAUUUUUUACCAAAUAAGUAAAAGAAUGAAUAUUUUUAUUUAUGCUUUCUGUGAAAUACAAUUAAAUAUUUAAGGACGUCGAAAAUCAGUUUUUACAAAACGUGGUCUUUUUAUGUGAAUGGAUAGAUGUUCGUUCAAAAGCUAACAUCCUGGGACAAUUGAAUUAUUGUAGAAUAAUGAUGCAUGAUGACUGGUUUUACAACCCUACCAAGUUAAUCUUUUUAAAUCGAAAGCGCAUUCCGGAAUUUCGGUUGACAUUUCAUGAGUUAACCCACGUACUGUAUGACCCUAGCAUGUAUCAUCUCGACGGUACAGAACAGAAGUCCCGUCGUUACGUCAGACUCGAACGAAUGUGUGUUGGUCUAAUAAGCGCAGUGGGACAGAAACUGUUUAGCAAAAUUACCUGGAGGGAUUAUUUACACGAAAUGCAAAGGACUGUUCAGGACGGGGGGUGGGAUGCAGUGCGGAUGUGGGGCUUGCUACACAAAUUAGUACAACGAAACACGGUUAGGCACGAUAAUACGAACCUACUGUAUUACUCUUAAUCUUUCAUUAAAUUCCAAAGGAUGUUUGCUGUAGUGGCAUGGUUAGGAGGGUUUGAAUUAGAAUUACAGUUGAUGAACUAACUCAUGAAAUGUCGACCGAAAUUCCGAAAUGCGUUUUCGUUUCGAAAAGAUUAAUUAAGAAGAGUUUUCAAACAGAUCAUCGUACAGCCUAAUUCUAUAAUAAUUAGAUUGUCGCAGGGUACUGGCUGUCGAAGGAAUUUAUUUCCGGCUGCAUGCAAAGGCCAUACUCUAUAAGAACUGCUUACGUAAGUAGGAUGCAUUUCUCUUAUUAAUUUUCAGUGCCCUUAAAAAUUUAAUUAUAUCUCGUAGAAAACGUGCAUAAAAAUGUUCACUCUUUUGCUCAUUCUAUAGAAAACUAAGUCUUCUUUCCAUGUUAUACUCGAAGGAAGGGUAUACUUCGAUUUUCCAAAAACGUUUCCAAGUUCAGAACUAUUUUGAAGUCCACCUGUCGUUACACUUGCAUUCAGGGUUUACAAACUACAGGCUGUAUAUUUUCCGCGCACGGAAAAAAUGUAUUUCUCUACGAUAUUAGGAGGAGACCAUAUGGGGUUCAUAAAAUGCAACAGUGGAUUUGAGCCAUAUUGCUAAAUGCAGAAGCCACAUUGGUAAAUGCAGAGACAUCACGUUUUAUGAAAAGCCAUCCCACGGUAUUAAAAAUCUUACAUUUAGUAUUUUUUUUAAAACCGACAUAUUUCCCUUCUUCAGAAGAAGACAUAGUUGUCUACCGAAUGAGCAAAAGAAUGAAUAUAUUAAUGCACGUUUUCUAUGAAAUAUAAUUAAAUUUUUAGGGACACUGAAAAUCAAUGAGAAAAUUACAUUCAACUUAAGUAAUCACUUCUUACAUAUUAUGGUUUUUACAUGCAGCCGGAAGGAAGUCCUUUCAAAAGCCGGCAUCCUGUGGUAGCCGAAUUGUGAUAGAAUUAUGCUACAUGAUGAGUAGUUUUACAGCCCUACUUAAUCAAUCUUUUCGGACCGAAAACACAUUUCGGAAUUUCGGUCGAAAUUUCAUGAGUUAACCUGCCUACUUUAGGUCUAGGGUUAGGAUGGUUAAGAUUAGAGUUAGGACAAUGGAAUAAGUACUCCUAAAAAUAUAUCACAAUGGGCCAGUAUUCGCGUGUCUGACCAAUAAGACUUAAGACACAGAUUUUUAGGGGGGGGGGCGGAUGUGGCAGUAUUUGCCGCAGGUCAGGAGACAGUCAUCCCGUUCCCAGCCCAAGUGGCACACUUUGUUGCAGCAGCCGGUGGCAGUUGUCCUUGGCCAUUGAGUGCUCGAGCGAAUCAGGGGGAGCUAUAUUAUCUUGAUUGUACUGACAACGCAACUUAGGCGAGUCAUCGUUGGCGCUGCAUUUAUAGACAUGCAAGAAUCGAUUGUGUGCACGGGAGCGGCGAGCAGUGACGAUCGGGGUUGCCUGACUGUUGAGUGUUGCGAAACUUGUUGAAAUAAGCGCCAGGAGCCAGUGUGCCGUAAUAUAAAGAAGGCAACUUGUCGCUAGGAGGAUUUCCGUUGUAGCCACCUACAGGAGAUCCUGUGUCUUCCGCUUUUCAAAAAAAAACAAAUUUAAAGACACCGUUUUUGGCUCCCUUGUGAUGGUCUGUUCAACGCGGCGACAGUAAUAGAACCUCCUCUCGUCAGCUCACUGUUUGCGCCGCGUGUGGGCCAACAAUCGACUGGCCGACGCCCUGACACCGAUUGGCUAAGGCCGGACAUUGCUUAGGCGCACUUACGCACCAUUAGCCGGAAUUAACAACGUCUGACACUGGUUUUGUUGUUAGAACAAUUGCUUCCACUGUCUCCUUCUUGCAUAAGUAAAACCUGUCCGACUAAGUUUGUCUCUCCAACUUCUGAUUUAGGAGCAUUAUCGUUAACCACAAUCGCAUCUCAACACCCUUCUCUAUGGGUCUCUCUCUCUACAUAAGACAGACAUCGUCUCUGAGAACCUUAGCUAUGACUGAGUCGCAUGACACUUACUCUUCUUACAGACAGAACAUCUGCUACAUAUUCGGGCUUCCAAAAAUUAAUAGAGUUCGGCAAAUUAAACCUUUGUAGUUACACCUCUCCGAGACCAGCUGCGAGAGAUGAGUUGCCCAGCACAGAAUAUCAGAGGCAAAUGAAUGUAGGCGUCUGUUUAAGUGAUUUGGAAAGCGAACCAGACGAGGGGAAAUGGUCAGCACAAUGCCACAGGGUAGUGUUAAUGGGCUAUUCUCAGGAAUCCUGCACUGUUCGCAUGACCCCGAUGACGAAGAGUGGCUGGAGGGCUUCUUCGGGAAAUGCAGUCAUUACUUCCGGGGCAUUUCAGUCUCACCGAUGAGAGCUCUCGAUAAAUGACUACUCAGACUUGAAACCAACGGGACGCGAGCCCUGGUCAAAUGCCGGAAUGCUCGACUCGACUGACUAGUGAGCCAACAAGUCGGUUUCAAGCCGCCGUUCUCGGCUAAGGGUAACAUUUCUUCAAUAUGUGCUAAGCUGCCGUGAGCGAACACCUGCGUCUUUUCAACAGAUUCUAAAUUCAACUAGUUCAAUCAAAAAUUUUGACAGGACUCGACCAGGACGCUUCACUGAUUAAAUCUCAGUUGUGCAAUUUCUGCCGAAAAACGCCAUAUACGAAAUGCUUGCAAAGUGACGGCACUUUUUGCAGUUUUCAGAAACCAUCAGCAAUAAAUGGCCAGUAAGCCGGUUAAUUUUAGACGAAGCAGGUGUUUGCGCCGUGACACGUCACAGAGAUGUUGUUGUAAAUUUUACCGAAGCCGAUGUUUACUCUUACGGCAUUUGGGAUGCUUGCAAAGUCACAAGCCUAAAGGUAGUAUUGAAAAGGUAACUCAUAGUAGUUAGGGAUACUUUUUUUCCCGCUGGCGAAAUGCAGACCGAAGGAUCUUCCGUCUGGAUAACACGACGGAUGGACUGAUGCUGGUGUCGUCGUAGUAAUGACCGUUCUCAUCCCUGCAUGGUGUCGGAGUCGGACGGCAAGGUGGCGUUGAGGGUGGGUACCGAUAGCCGUCAAUCGUCGCGUGUUGUCAUUGGUCCUGAGUACUGGAAUUUACCUCCCCCACCACCUAAUACGCCAGUUCCCCGCCUACCGUGCCCGCGGAUCCGUAUCAGUGCAUCCAGGCACUCCACAGGUGGACGAAUCCACCGGAUGACAGACCCAAGAUCUGCCUAGGGCUAUGCACCCGUUCCUCGGUCUAGACUUUAGAAGCCUAUUCAGGUGAUAUCACCAAGUGCUGCAUAUUUGUCCGUCACAAAACUUUGACCCACAAUUCCGAAACAAUAUUUUGGCGAGAAAGUUUAUCCUGGGUGGGAUUGCGCGAUUAACUAACAUAUAACAUCCUAUGAUACUUCAGUCACUCCAAGCUGCCCGGUUUUUAAUGCGCAUUCUUCCAAUAGCUUGAAGAAAGAACACAUUUUUAAAAACGAUUAGUUAAUAAUUCUGUGUUUUUUGUACUGACGUUCUAUUUCCCUAUAAAUCCAAAUAUAAUCUAAAUCGAACCUGGUAAGGGGAAUCUAGAUGCUCGCUGUAAUUAAAGCAUUGAGCACUUUACCUAUUCGCAUAAGCCUUUGUGAAAAUUUUCUUCUCUGUGGAGAUUAUGGUUUUGUAUGAUUUGAUUAUGCAGAAUGUUUAUAAACUUGAAUGGAAAUCUACAUUACCUUGCAAUGAAAUGUUAAACGAAAUUCCAAAAUAUGUCUUUAGUUCGAAAUAUUUACUUAAAUAUUGUUGUACUAAUAAUCUCCGCGCAUCAUUAUCCUAAGAUUUUUCACUCACAACAGGAUGUCGGCUUUUUGGCCGUCUAAAAUGGCCACAUCGCAAACAGUGACUGCUUAAGUGGCCUUACGAAUUCCCAUUAAUUUUCGAUGUCCCCGUAAAUUUAAUUAUAUUUUACAAAAAAAUGCUCAUUAAUAAUCCAUCUUAUGCUCAUUUGAUAGUAAUUGGCGUCUUCAAACCGUCAAAUUUAAAAACACUUUCUUCUCGGUCUUAAAAAGUAUAAAAUUAUGAAAUUUCCAGUCAUAAACCCCACAUCGGCACUUUUACUAAAGCUACUUGUAAGGUAUACAGCCAUGUCCGCAUUUAUUGCACAAUUUUAUAAGCGCUUUAUGAGCUAUUCCUAACAGCGUCGAGAACUAUGUGAUACGCCUUGGACAGAAUAUGUAAAGCAUAUUGUUCGGAAACUCUGAAUGUAAGCGUAGCGGCGGUUGAUAUAUAAAGUUAUUUUGGAAAGUGAAAAAAAUAUUCAAAAAGCGAACGAUACUUUUUGAGUAAAAAAUUGAAGAAGGUGUAAUUUCCCAAAAAAUGAAUACAUGAAAUUAUGUUAUGUUUAUAUAACAUAUAAAAAUAGAAAGCAAGCAAAUACAAAGAAUAUGCAUGUGCGCGUGGUUGCCUGGUAACCGCGCCCUAUAAAUACUGCGCCUCUUGUGCUCUUAUUCCCCCUUUUCUGCGACUGUCUCUGAGAGGUGCGAUACUGUUGGACAAGCUGAAUUUUUGAGGAUAUUAACUUCAAGUAUGUGUACAGUUGGCAUUCUAAGAUGUUGUUGUGCUUGUGUUUUUAUAUUUACAGUUUUCUUAUAUUAAAACGAGGGUCAGAUCAGAGGCCGGAGGGCGUUAUUGAGAUGUACAUCCACAUCGAAUAUAAAAAGUGGACGGUGACCGGACGGCACGCCUAGGCGGAAGCUCGCGCCGCGCCACCUGCCUGCAUCCUCUACCACUCCGGUCUUCUUCACAUUGUUAUGACACUGGGCUUAGAUGGGAUGGGAGGAGGAAGUGGAGGAGGAGGAGGAGGAGGAGGAGGUGGAGGAGGAGAGUACGACAGAUGCUUCGCAAGUUCGCUAUCACUGCAAACUAACUCACUCGCAAGUCACCGUUCCUGAACCCACCCGGUUGUGCGGUACACGUUGGCCAUGGUCGGAAACGACGACCGAAAUGUCAAACAUUCUUUAUUUACUUAGAAAAAUUGCUUUUUCUCAUUCGAAAUUAUUUUCAGCGUUUCCGCUCUAUCAGCUUUUCUAAACAACGUGAUAUUAACUUCACUAUUUCCGCCGAUUUUUAAUAUCACUCCGAGUUGUGUAUUAAAUAAUUGGAAAGUUUAGCCGAUAUAUUUGGACCGGAUUCUGGGUAAACUAAGCACAUUUUAUGCAUUAUGUCACAUAAGGCGCAUAAACAGAUUCUCCCUUUUAUGCAUUUGUUAGAAAACGAAAAUGUUACCUUCAAAAAAUUUGGAAAAUCUCUAAAUAUAUUUGAACACAAUCUGCCGAUUAGCUAGCGUCUAGUGCUUCCAAACUACUAACUGCGCAUUUAAGCAAAAGCGCUUAUUCCAAUAUUGCUAUUAGCGUGCCAUUUAGUGCUCAAAAAUGCUAUAAUACAGUAGGUGGGCUAACUCAUAAAAUGUCCACAGAAAUUAUGAAAUGCGUUUUCGUUUCGAAAAGAUUAGUUAAGUAGGGUUGUAAAACUUGUCAACCUGCAACAUACUUCUAUAAUAUUUCGGUUACUUCAGGAUGCCAGCUUUCAGAUGAACUUCCUUUGGACAACAUGCAUAAAUUAGACUCUGCAAAAAAUAACAACAUAAUUAGCAUGUAUUUUUCUCAUUGAUAUUCAAAGCAUCUAAAUGUCCGCUUAUAUUUUAUGGAAAACAUGCAUAAAAAUAUUCAUUCUUACGCUCAUUUGGUAAGAAACUACAUCUUCUUCCAAUCUUUUACUCGAUGGAAGGUUACAAUGCGGUUUUCAAAAACUUUUCCGAUUACCGAAUAAUUGUGAACCCGCCGGGCCUUACACUUGGAUUCAGGGUCUCCAAACUACAAGCCGUAUAUUUUCCGCCUACGGAAAACCACACAGUCCUCUACGGUAGUAAAGGAGGACCAUGCAGGGAUCAUAAAAUUAAGCAGUGGAUUUGAUCUAUAUUGUUAACUUUACAAGUUACAUUGGUAAAUGCAGAGACAUGACGAUUUACGAACGGCCAUUUCAUGGUAUUUAAAAGUCCCGCAAUUAGACACUUGUUGAAAACCGAAUUAUGUCCUUCCUUCGAGUAUAAAAUUAGAAGGAGACGCAAUUAUCUACCGAAUGAACAAAAGAAGGAAUAUUUUAUGCAUGUUAAGCAUGAAAUAAAAUCGGACUUUUAGAACAUCGAAAAUCGAUGGGAAAAAUUCGUGCUAAUUAAGUUGUCACUUUUUGCAGUGUUGUUUUUGCAUGCAGCCGGAUGGAAGUUCAUCCGAAAGCCGGCAUCCUGGGGUAACUGAAUUGUUGUAGACUUAUACUGCAGGCUGACUAGUUUUACAACCCUGCUUAAUUAAUCUUUUCGAAAUGAAAACACAUUUCGCAAUUUUGAUUGACAUUUCAUGAGUUAGCCCACCUACUGUACAUACAAAUCGUACUGCAUAAUUCAAGAGGAACAUUGGGAAAUGGUCAAAUACAAUUCUAUCUGAACAGACAGUUCGCGGCAAAAUGGCAGCUCGGUCGUUGUUUCCGAUUAUGUCCACCGUGUGCUCCACGGCGGGAUGGGAGCCGUGACAGGAACUUGCGCGUAAGUUCAUUUAUAAUGAUAGUAUACUUGCAAAGCAUCUACCACACUCUUUCUUCUUCCCCCACCUAGGCCGGGUGUUGUAACAAAAUCAAGAAGACCAGAGUCGGAGAAGAGCGCAGAUGGAUGAAACAGCGAGAAGCCGCACCUAGGUGUAUCACAACACCCUCUACUCCAUAAAAUGCACUGAUCAGAAUUUCGUAAAUUCAGAAGAAAAGGCGGUGAGCAAACGUUGCUUUCAAUAACUUCUCGUCAGACCACUACAGUUAUAUAGAACGGGGUACAAUGAACGAAAAAAUCGAUAACAGUUAGUUUUUAAAAUUCAGGCUAGGCAAGAGCCGAAGGGCGCAGAAUGUUGUAUGUAGGUGGUCAACUUUUGACCACGGUAAGCGCGGGGCCUGAACGAGGUUCUUCUGGGCGCACGGGGUCGGUUUUCGCAACCUGAUGGCGGCCGCUUCUGUUGUUUCUAACAGGCGCUGGCCCAGUAGCUUAGGGUAGCUCGUGGGGACCUUAUAUAUUACACGAAAUGCUUCAGUGGGGUCCACACGAUGCCCUGAGACCACUGAAUGCGCAAGGAUGGCGCUGGCUAUUCUCAUAAUUUCGCCUUUUGCUAGCCAUACGGGAAGGUGCUCUCGUAUUAUUUUGGAAAGGCACCGACUUGUACGACCAAUAUAACCUGUUCCACAGGAGCAAGUGAAUGAGUAGGUGCACAUUGAGGCGGUCUGAGGUGGCAGCCUAUCCUUGCCUUCUCCGCGUAAAAUACGGUUAGUGGAGAAUGAUAUGCGAACGCUUGCUGCUGGAAAGGUUCCCGAGACAACUUAGUUAAGGCGGCUUAUUAGGAGUUCAUUUGCAGCGUCUCCCUGGAAAGGGACUUUCGUAAAUCAAGAAAACGUAUGACGAUAGCAGAAAUCCAAACUGGCGUGGCGUGGACCUGUACCUGGGUCUGCCACCACCCGCUCAAUGCUGCCAGUUGUCAUGGGUGCGUAUUCCCAAUAAGGCCUGCCUCACCCCAACCCGGGUUAGUCCAGCGCAUCUACCGCGUAGCCCGUUUUAGGGGGCUAUCAAGACAGAAAGUCAUUACCGACAAAGACAGGGGAGACUUGGACGGCCACUGCUGGCCUAUUAACCGUCACCAGGCUGUCAUACCCAACCCCGAGGCUCGAACUCGUGGUCGGAAGUCCACUGCCAAAUCCAUUGAGCCACAGGGUCUCGUUGUCCUGUCGACUGCUAUCAAGUAUAUUAAGAAUGGUAGAGGGGCGCUCACCGAUGAUUUUUACGCAACCCGCUCGUUCCGUUGUGCCUUAGGGCUCGCUCUCGAGCCCAACCAGCAGCCUUAUGGCGGCGCCUACCAUACGCUUGGAGUAGAACCCCAUCUUGCAAUGGACAUAAUACAGUGA